AUGGAUUAUGUAGAAUCAGAGGUACUCCUCAGUUCUAAUAGUAGGUCCGACGUUUCAAAGUAUGACUAUCAGGUGGUUGGUCGCAAGACACCAAGGCGAUUCUGGUUUGGUCUGGUCAUCAUUCUUCUCACAAAUAUAUCAUUGUCUAUCGUCUCUUUAACUAUAUGGCCCUAUCUAUCAUUGAAUGUAGAAAGUAUAUAUAUAUUAGCAAUAUCAAUAUCAGUAUUCCAUGGUGGAGCAUCACUAGGCAAGAAACUAUUCACUAUGGUUGGUGAACGUUACGAGAACUAUUGGACACAGCUCAUUCUGGCACUGUCCAUUGCGAUGAUGGGCGAUAUUUUGUAUGCAGCCUUCCCUCAGCAGUUCCUCAUCAUCGUUGCACGCUUUAUAGUUGGCAUUGGCUCUGGCAGUAGUGUGAUUCUUCAGAGCAUGCUGGUGCCCAAGGGCAGUGAUCACACGACACAAGUCAACCGAUUGACAUGGAUGUCUUUAACAACGUCAUUAGCGUACGUGGCAGGACCUGCUCUAGUGGCAGCCGUCUCCCUUCUCAACAUCAACGACACUGUCAAUCUAUAUCAUGACAGUGGUACAGUGGCCUUCUUUGGAUGGUUAGCAUCAUUCUUUACAUUUAUAGCUCUUGUCUUGGCAUCGGUUGGCAAGGUCAUUGACAAGUCACAACACAAAUCCAUUGACAACGAUAUCUUUGGUUCGAUCAAUGAUAUUCAACCAAUUGGCACUGGAUAUCGAUCACAACAGUCUUGUAUAUUCCCACCAAAGGUCACACUGACGAUCAUGUGCUUCAUUCACUAUCUAAUAUUCAAUUGCGGAACAAUAUUGGAGACAGUACUCAUACCAGAUCUCAUCAAUGUCGGAGGCUAUAGCACAUAUAAUUGGAACUUGACCAAGGUGGCAAUGCUAUUUGUUGGACUAGGUGUGUCAUGUGGAGUGGCAGCCUACCUUAGCAAACGAAUCCAAAGCAACAAUCUACUGCUCUAUAUUUCAAUGAUACUAUUCACUCUAGGCUAUGCAUUCAUGUGUUCAUGGAAAUUCCAACAACAACAGACCACUGGCAGUCAGAGUCCAUCAGCACCAGAUAUUGUACGCUUCCUUCUUGGCGUUAUAAUGGUGGCCAUUGCCUAUCCAACAGCAAUAGCCAGCUCCAUCACUCUUUUCUUUGAGUUGAUAUCAACUGUAUAUAUUAAAAAGGCAUCCAACAUGUUCUUGUUUGCCAGCAACUUUGGAAGACUGUUGGGACCACUCUGGGCUGUACUGAUUUUCGAAAGGAUAGGAGACAACGCAGUCUAUGUCUAUGGUGUUUGUGCAGGCCUUGUAUCACUGAUACUGUUGCUCUCAAUUGGUAGAUCAUUCAAGUUCAUCUCGACCAAUUCAAACAUACAGCGUAAUGUCCCAAUAUUGAAUGUGGACGAUGAGGAUGAUGGAGUAUUUAGAUAG